UCACCGCCUACCUCUCACUCGUGUUCGGAGUAUCGCUCAAGUAUAAGCUCGAGACCGAAGACGAGCAUACUUGUUGGCGCAUCCUAUUCCAGUUCUCGACUGUCUCCUUCUGUAUGCAAUAGGCAUGGCAUCUGCAGGUGACGAUCUGGACCGCUAUGCAUCUCAUUUCCCCGAAGGCAAUUGAGAUAGACUCCAACGAAUGUGAUGGGCACAAGUUCAAGGCUUACUGUCUCCGUUUCCUAUCACCGCCGAAUAAAGCUACCUGUCCCGUCCGCCGGUACUGGUUUAGCUUAUACUAUACGAUUGCUCACGUCUUCCCCAUCAUGAAUACGCUGAUCUAUUGGGGCUGUCUCGUUCCCUCUGGGCAUGGCGGUUUCAAAGCGCCAACGCUACCGUAUCACCCCCAGAAUCCGCCAUAUAACAACGAUACCGAGACAAUCAGGCACCAUCCAGACAAGGGACUCUUUGACCAAGCCCCGAUCAACAUAUUCAGUAUCAUCAACGUCUGGACUAUCACAACGGUUAUCGCAUUGGUUGAAAUCUGCUUCCUCAAUAGCAUUCGCCGACAAACCCCUAUUAUAUGUCACGCGAUCGGAGUUACGUUCUGUAGCGGUGCGUAUCUCGCCUGGUCAGGGUUCGGCAAACUAGUCACAGGACACUCGGGGCUUUUCUUCCUAGACCCUGAGAUCAUAGAAGUGCCGGAAGCCAUCAUCGCGGCGUGUAUCGCUUUUGUCGCGAUAUCUCCAGGAAUUUUCACGUACAUGUACGGAUUAAUCGCCAUGCGCGAGACAAUCACGGCGGUGCGUCACGAUUCGUCUUGCUAAGCAAGACGCUCUUCUCUUUUGGGUUAAGGAUAUGCUCCGACUGCAUAGUUCACCAGAAUUAGACGAGAUUGGUAUUAUUUUGCAUAAGUAAGAUACUCGUGUCAAGUAUGAGUAUUAUAGAUGGCUAUCAGGACCAGAGAUUAGGCGCCCUCUUGGCUUACUGGAUGUCAACCUAAAGGAAGUAGUAGAUUAACCAUACAUACCUAGCAUGACCUAUGAACCGCGUUUAAAGAAGACAGAGUUUGAUUGUGAGAAUGGAGUUCGAAUAUACCUAAGGUACC